UUGUUUGUACUAAAUACGGGGCAUAUUAUGUCCAAGUUUGAGUUCAAACGUAGUAUAUUGUCUGUUUUAUGAUCUGGAUUCAUGUUGAGUUCAAAUUAUUUGGAUAUUUCAGACAUAUAAAGGAUAUUAAGAUUAAGCAACAUGUUGGCUGCUCAAUCAGCAGUAUGGAGGUUAAAAUUUACAGCUAUAAUGUUAUUUGGAUUCGUUGUCGCGGUAUCGGUGCUUGUUACAGCGGAACCAAGUUCGAGUCACCAAGAUUCAAGUUCGUCGGAGAACAACUAUGUUCAGAAAGAGUUCAAGUAUUUGGAGCUUAGCAAUGGAAAACGUUAUGAACAUCAGUGGCCAAGAAUGAGAUUUGGCUGGAAAGUUGUGGUGGGUUCAAUACUUGGAUUCCUUGGUGUUGCAUUUGGGAGUGUUGGAGGUGUUGGUGGAGGAGGUAUUUUUGUUCCCAUGCUUGCAUUGAUCAUUAGGUUUGAUGCCAAAUCAUCAACUGCAAUCUCUAAAUGUAAGAAUCUAUCCAUUUCCCCCAUCAACGGCCCAGUGUUUUCGAAUUCCAACAACAUAAGGCAAAGGCAUCCUACACUUGAAUUACCUCUGAUUGACUAUGAUUUGGCCCUUCUUUUCAAACAAAACAAAGUAGUAAAACCCAAGGUGUCUCUUAUUGAGAAUAUAUGCUGGAAAGAACUUGGACUUCUGUCUGUUGUUUGGAUUUUAGUCCUUGCUUUACAAAUCGCUAAGAAUUAUUCGACAUGUUCGGUAGAAUACUGGGUAUUGAAUUUCUUACAGAUUCCGGUGACCGUCGGUGUGUCGUUGUACGAGGCGGUGCUCCUUUACAAAGGGCGGAGAGAAAUAGCAUCCAAAGGGGAUGUAGUGGCGAACUGGCGAGUUCACAAGCUUGUGAUUUAUUGUGGAUUUGGUGUUUUGGCUGGCAUACUUGGUGGGGUGCUUGGCCUUGGAGGAGGCUUCAUUUUGGGUCCUCUUUUCCUAAAGAUGGGAAUCCCCCCCACAGGUUAUUUCAAUCCCUUCUCAAAGGCUUCUCUGUUAUUUAUCGUACUUGCAUAA